AUGGCUGUCUGUCUGAUAGCCCUGCGGCAGACUGGUGAUAUGUCCAGGGUGUACUCCACCUCUUACCCUGAGCAGCUGGCAUCCGUGCUCUCAUGUUCUAAACCCAGUUAUGGCAGCAGCAAUGUGGCAGACCACCAGGAAAAAAUCGCCCCUCCAGGAAUCUGUGUCUCCAUGAGAAGUGAGAUGUCUAUGGAUAAAUUUGAAAACUUUGAGAAGGAACACCAGACUGGCUGUGAUAGAGGUUUUCUCUCCAGUGUGGAGUCCAAAGACGAUGGCGCCCUGAGGCAGGCUGAGAGAGGAGCCAUGACACUUACACAGAUGAUCCCAGCUUUGGAGGCCGAGUGUGUGGAGGAAGCCCGGGACAGGAGUGUGACUCUGCCGUCUGAUUGGUCAGUUAAAGGCCUGCUAGACAAACUCACAGAGGCAAUGAUGGACGUCCAAGCAGCCGUGCUGAAGACAGCUGCUGGCCUGCGACGCAGCGGGUUACUGACAGCUGUGCUGGCCAAUCACUGGGUAGAUGACAGAGCGGCUGGAGAUGGCACAGGUCGCCUUCUCUCUCUGCUGGGCGGCCAUUUUGACCUGGUCCUCCAGUCCUGCCACUUGGGUCACAGGGUCCCUGAGCCCGCCAUGUUCAGCUCUGCCCUGCAGCGCCUGGGGGUGACACCCAAACAGGCGUUGUGGCUGGAUGCUGAUGUUGAGGGUGUAAAAGCUGCAGAGGGAGCAGGGAUGAAGGCCGUCUUGGUGGAAAAUCUGGAUGCUGCUCUGGAGAAACUGUCUGAAUUUACUGGCUUUCAGAUCCCGGCCUUGGCUGCAGCAGGAUUCAGGGUUUUAGCUCUGGACAUGAAAGGAUAUGGAGAGUCCACAGCGCCCCCUGACAUAGAGGAAUAUUCUCAUGAGGAGCUUUGUAAGGAGUUAGUCGUAUUUUUGGAUAAAAUGUCCAUACCACAGGUCACCCUGGUGGGUCACGACUGGGGCGGCUCCCUGGUGUGGGCCAUGGCCCGCUUCUAUCCCGAGAGAAUCAGGGCUGUGGCAUCGUUGAACACCCCAAUGUUCACGUUGAAUCCUUUGGUUCCUGCUUUCGAGAGACUGAAGGCUAUUCCAAUAUUUGACUAUCAGGUCUACUUCCAAACACCAGGUGUGGCGGAGGCUGAGCUGGAGAAGGAUUUGGAGAGGACGUUCAAGAUUUUCUUUUCCAGCAGUAGUGAAGCGAAGGGUCGUCCCCCUCUCAGCACCGCAGGAGUGUGUGCUCGAGGUGGCCUGUUUGUGGGUCUGCCGGAGCAGAUUCCCAGGAGCUCUAUGCUGACAGAAGCCGACCUGCAGUACUACGUCAGCCAGUACAAAGAAAGAGGCUUCAGGUUGCAGAUUUUCCAGCUUCCUGUAGAUUGUGUUUCUGUGUGCUCAGCCAACAAAUAA